GAAAUCCAUGCUAUGGGAAGAACAUGUGUAUGCGGAAGUUUAAUUCACUUCAGUGUAUCGUGUCUUAAGACUUUCGCAUUUGGUUUCGCUUUGUUUGUGUUUGGCACAGUGUCUACGUAACUGACAGCAAAACUGAAAAUAUGUCAGCAAAAUGCUUAGAAAGACUUGAGCACCUUUUCCACAGAUACCAGGAAUAUGUAACGAAGAACCCUUCAGCCACAGCGCACCUGGAAAGCACUGUCCGAACACUUUCUUAUCUCAUUGCAGGUCGGUUUUCUGACUCCCAUGAACUCUCGGCUCUAGUGUACUCUGCCUCCAACUUGCUGGUCCUGCUGAAUGAUGGGAUAUUGCGCCGGGGUCAGUGCCGAGCCCUUCCUGUGUCGCUGUCUGAGCAGAAGCUGCUCACCUGGCUGUCUGUUCUGGAGCAUUUGGAGGUCUUCAUUGAGAUGGGAGCCAGCAGACUGUGGGGGGAGGUGGGCCGCUGGCUGGUCAUCGUCCUCAUCCAGAUCAGCAAAGCGAUUCUGAGAAUUCUGCUGCUGUUCUGGUACAAGUCCGGGAUCCAGACAUCUCCACCCAUCAUCCCCCUGGACAGAGAGAAGCAUCAGAACAGCCUAGAUGAGGAGAGUGAGGGUGGAGAGGGGGACCCCUCCUUCGUGGGACAGCGAUCCGGAAGGGUGGUGCGGCCGUUGAGCAGCGUGCCCACCCUUCACGCCCGUUUGUGGGGAGCCCCCCGUCAGGAGAGGAGACGGGGCCGCCCCGAGGAAGACCCGUACCCGGCCCCCACCCCGCUGGGCCUGCAGGAGACCAUCGCGGAGUCCCUGUUCAUCAGCCGGCCCCUGGUGCAUCUGCUCAGUCUAGGGCUUUGUGGAAGAAAAUCGUGGAAGCCUUGGCUCAUUUCUGCACUCCUGGAAGUAACAAGUUUCAGUCUCAUGAGCGAAACGAAGUCUCUGAAUCGGACGGAGCGAGCGGAGAUGAGGCGCAGGGCGUUCCUGCUCUUCUACUACCUGCUCCGAUCCCCCUUCUACGACAGAUUCUCAGAGACAAAGAUUCUGUUUCUGCUGAGAUUUCUCGCAGACCAAAUACCAGGUUUUGGAUUCGUCACACGUCCUCUGAUGGAUUACCUCCCAGUCUGGCAGAAGAUUUACUUUUAUAAUUGGGGGUGAGGUCAUCGAAUAUGUUAUACUGUACAAGGACAAAUGCUUCAGAGAAAGAUGAGCCAUGCAUGAUGGGAUAUCCCAGUGCACAUCUCUGCCAACUGUUUGGUUUUUUCUAAGAAAAAAACUCUCACGAGUUCCACAAAAUUGUUUGUAAAAAAUAGAAUGCUGACAGACACUUUUAUGGGUCUGACUGAAAUGUGAAUAGCCUCUUCUAUGAUUUACCUUUCAAUUGUUCGACUCACUUUGUUGUUAUCAAUAGUUUCCCAUUGCAUCAAAGGGCAUAAUAUGAAUAUAGAUUCCUAUUUAUUGUGAUUUGUUUUGGGGGGAUAACCAUUUUCGAUAUACUUUAAAUUUGUCUUUCUGUACUUUCAGUUGUCAUAUUUUUUCCUAAUUUUGAGUGUUGCUUAAAUAGUGUCUCUAUAUCAUUUGCCCUGCAGUUAUUCCCGUGUAAUGGUAAGAGAUCUCUUGCAUUGGUUACAUACUGUUCUGUUGGUAAACUGGCAGGUAUCUACAUGUCUCGCGUUGUUUUCUUUAAGCAAAUCAGCUUUCCCUCUGAAUAACAUGGGCAUUGGCACACAUUGGUUGGUAAGUUACCAGUCCGUGCCCUCGGUUUGUUUGAAGGGCACUCUCCGAGGAGGGCGCGUGAACCAUGGAUAUAACUGUGAAUUAAAUUAUCUGACAACAUUGAGAAUUCCUGGGCUAAUGGGCAUUGUGCAUCCCACCCGACUCCCACGUUAAAGUUUUAAUGAGACAUUUCCGUAGGGUCUUGGUACUAAUUGGAGCCAGCUGGUAGUUUAUGGAGAUUAGGGGUUUUAACACUGUGUGAAAAUUGCUUAAUAGCUUUCGUUAACACAAGUUCCAGGAACAUAUAACGGGUGUGAACGUUGUUGGAGAUCCUGAAGAAUCAUGACUGUUUUAUUAUGGGAGCAUGUAUGUGUGUGAAUGAUUUUGUAAAUCUUGUAAAGCACUUUGUAAAAACUUUCAAUAAAUCUCAAAAUGAUCAGA